GUGCAACUUCGACGCUUCCAAUGUUCCACACCUCAAGCCGACGCGACGCGACGCGUAGCCGGUCGCUUUCAGUGGACACGGUGUUAGCGCAGGAUCAGGGAGCGGAUUGCAGGAGCUCUCCACCACAAACCGCCUUCACAGAGCACAGGAAUAAAGCAAAGCGAACAGACGCGCACUUAUUCCCCGCAACUUUGCACCUGCGUAUUUAAACACACAUUUUUAAUUCUUUACAGACUGGACGAGGAAAGUUUUGCGUCUGGAAUACUGUCGAACGGUGCCGUCACCCGCGGCGCACGCAUCAUCUGCAACUAUCACACUCAUAUCUGAGUGUUAAAGAGCUCGGAGCUGCUCUCGUACUGUUUUCUCUUUUUUCGUUUAUUUUGGGCGAGGGACAAGUCCCUAGAAGUAUGUAUAUUUUGUCAAAUGAGUGUGGAUCUGUGAUCUGUAGUGCUUAGCCCCGCUUUAUCAUCUGUGAAGUAGUUUUAGUUUCUGUAGACUGCUGUGUUCAUUCCCCCCUUUUCUCUGUCGGAUGGUGGAAUUUAAACAAGACUGAUCCCCUUUUCUCCUCCUGCCCGCAAACCAAACUCACCGAUGGUCAGGAUUCCGGAGAAUGGUAAAUGAUCGAUGGAAAAUCAUGAACAGUGUUUCAGAACUCGAGGAUGGACAGCAGCACAAAUCGCAGAGGAUGAGCUGUAGCUAUCUCCUGUGCACCAUCCUGCUCUUCGUCGCCGUGUUACUGGCUGUCACGGUAACCGGAAUCAUUCUCUUGAUGAAUCAUUACCAAGCGCCCGCCGGCCCCGACGGCCCCCCUCUCAUCAGCACCAACCAGGAUGAGGCUAAUGCCCUGGUAACCAUCGAGAGAGGCGACGGCUCUCGCAUAAACAUCUUCAUUGACCCCAACUGCCCCGACUACAACAAUAACUUCCUGCGUCUGGAGGGCGUGCAGACCUCUCUUCUGCACUCUCUCACGGACCACGACACUGAUCUGAAGUCAGUGAAGGGACAAGACCGUGCUCUGCUGGUUAAACUGGCCGAGGAGGUGGCCAAACUGUCCGCUCACGCCAGUCAACUUAAGAUGGAAUACAAUGCCCUUAGACAGGGCCAGGGUAACAUUGGACAAGAGCUCAGUACGCUUCAGUCCGAACAGGGCAGGCUCAUUCAGCUGCUGUCAGAGAGUCAGAUCAACAUGGUGAAGGUGGUGAACUCCGUGAGCGACGCCCUCAGCUCCAUGCAGAAGGAAACGGGAAACAUCAAGACCCGUCUCAAGGCAGAUCUACAGAGGGCUCCGGUGCGCACUCUCCGGCCCAAGGGCUGCGCCGGUGGAGAAGGUUCCAGACCCAGGGACUGCGCUGACAUCUAUGCUAAUGGGCAAAGAGAAGAUGGUAUCUACUCCGUCUUCCCCACACAUUACCCGGCGGGCUUUCAGGUGUAUUGCGACAUGACUACGGAUGGGGGUGGUUGGACGGUGAUUCAACGCAGAGAAGACGGCUCUGUGAAUUUUUUCCGGGACUGGGAAGCGUACCGUGAGGGUUUUGGCAAGAUAACAGGAGAACAUUGGCUUGGCAUGAAACGGAUCCAUGCACUCACCAUCCAAGCCAACUAUGAGUUGAGGAUUGACCUGGAGGACUUUGAGAACAGCACUUCUUUUGCUCAUUACGGUUCUUUUGGAGUGGGUUUGUUCUCGGUUGAUCCGGAUGAGGACGGCUACCCACUGAGCGUCUCUGACUACUCGGGCACUGCAGGCGACUCGCUGCUCAAACACAACGGAAUGAAAUUCACCACUAAGGACAAAGACAACGACCACUCGGAGAAUAACUGCGCGUCCUUCUACCACGGCGCCUGGUGGUACCGCAACUGCCACACCUCCAACCUCAACGGACAGUAUCUGCGCGGCCAGCACACCUCCUACGCCGACGGCAUCGAGUGGUCGUCCUGGACGGGCUGGCAGUACUCGCUGAAGUUCACGGAGAUGAAGAUCAGGCCUACGAAGGAGGAGAAUAAAUGAGCGAGAACUGGAGAACUCAAGGAGAAGCGCAAAGAGGAACUCUGUAGGUGUUAGAGACACUAAACGCAGAAAACCAAGAACUUUUUGUCAUGAUUCUGUUCGAUCCCUUUUCCCCACCCUCUCCACCUUGUAGUGUUUGUGCUGACGCCCGGAGGGCCGCUGUUUUUCUCUUGAUCCAUUGGUCGCAUCUCUAAAUAUUAUUAUGAAAGAUUGCAGGUAUUGUCUAAAAAGUACUUAUGGAUAAAAAAUAGUUGUUGUCUAAAAAAAGGGAAAAAAAUACAACAAAAAACUUUCUGUAGCUGUGAAAUUUAGCAAAGAACGUGUAGCUUUUCAUAACAAUGAAUACUUUUAACUCCUCACAAACAUCUGACGGUAUGACAGGCUGUGUUGUGUUAUUUUCGGUUUGUGCUUGAUGGAAUUAUUCACCCAAAAAUGACAUACAGUAAUUUACUCACCGCCGUGUCGUUCCACGACGGUCUGUUUUUUGUUUUUCCAUGGAACAGGAAAAAACUUUAGUGCUUCUCGAUCAUUUCCAUGCAAGAACGUAUAACUCAAGCUUUUUCUUACGUAAAAAAAACCCUGUAAAAAUAGUUAUACUAGUAAUAGUAAUAGUUUCCACACCAGGAAGGUGAGAUUUCAGGAUUUUUUUUUAAUUCUCUGUUUCUUACAUUAUCAUAUAGUUUUUGAACACUUGAGAUGUCGUCACAAGGCCUGUAUUUAUGUUUGUUUUUAAAGCUUAAAGUCUUUAAAUGCGUCUUCAUUCGUUGAAUUUGAAUAGAAAACUUGAAAAGAAAAUGUUCGAGAUCACCAGUUCGGAUCAACACGAGGGUGAGUAAAUGAUUAAAGGAUUACUUCACCCAAAGAUGAAAAUUCUUUCAUCAAACACUUGUAGCUAACAUAACAAGGAUGCAUUGGUGUGUUCGACCGCUGCUGUAAUACCUGGAAGGUAAAAUACGUUAUUGACCAGCCAGCAGGGAUGCACAAAGAGAAUAUGUGUCACUGUGGGGGCUUUCAAGUGAUGGACCAACACAGACACAUUAUUCACUCUGACAGGUGGGUUGUAAGCGGAUGUGCCGGCCAUUGGAUGGUUUAUCAACAAAGAAGCAGAACUUACAAAUGAACCCUUUGGUGUUGUUGUCUGUUAGGAGAGCUGAUGGACUUUAUCUUAUGCUCUGGUUGGCACGCGUGGCAAUAGGUCUCAACAGGCCAGAAUGACCUGAGUUGUCAAAGAGACCAUCAGAUGCGAAUUCAAAGGUUGGACCAUUUUUGUUGUUGAGAACAGACUACUUGUUGUGAAGCAUUAGUAAAGUCAUCCUACAGGUCAUUUUGGUACAUCAGAUGUCCACCAAUGUAUGAUCUUUUGCUCUAUUCAUUUUAUUUUUUUCUCAAAUCUUGAUGUUUUUGACUAAAUAUUGAAUGAAAUAUUUUAUUGUAAAAUGUCAUCAAAGCCAUGAGCAUCUUCUUUCAUGUUCUGUAACAGGAGGAAAAUUAUUUGUUUUAUUUUUGUGAGAACUAUUCCUUUAUCUGCUGCUGGUUUAAAAACAUUAAAAUUAAAAACAUUUGCCCCGUUUUUGUUUGCUUGUUUUCUAGCUAUGCAGUCCCGACCAAACUCACUUUGCUGGAUAUGUUAUUUAUUUACAAUAUUGACAAUGUGGGUAUUGAUCUUUAUCCAAACUAUCAUCUUACAGUGUUACCUGUUUACUUGUUAUCAUUUUUGUGUCAUUACAUUAGGUUUGAGAAUGAACACCUUUUAAAACAUGUUCUGUAUCAGCCUGCUGUUUUAUUUGUAUGUAAAAUGACCACAAGAGCUAGUGUUGCAUUGUUUAAAAUGUGAAAAUGGGUUUCAUAACUUUAUUUGUAUCUUUAUAUUUGUUGUGAUUGUGCACUGGUUAUACUGUCAGAAAUGAACGUUGUCUGCACUUUUAAAAAAAACGAACAAAAACGGUCAUUUCUGUUUGAAAAAGGAUUACAAUCACUUUUAUCAGAGGGAAUUCAAAGACGUCGCUGUAUGUACUAAAGGAAAACUUUUCCUGUAAUGUUUUGAGAAUGAAAAGCCGGCUUGCUUCACUGUUUAUCCAUAUUAAAUGGUUUACUAAUAUUGGGAAAAACCUCUUGCAAAAAAACAAUUCGCCAAAGUCGAUGGAAUUUAAAGCUACAACAGAAUGUACAGAUGUCACAGCCCCAUGAGAAGUCGCGUGCUCAGCCGAGCUGGCACAUUAUCUCUUUCAUUGAAAGCAACCGCAGCUAUUGCAAAGCAAAGAAAUUUCUGUGAGAUGAAACUGUUUAAGGUCAACACUGCGGGAGUUUCACAGUCGAUUCCAAAGGAAAGCCAUAGGAGGGAUUUAAAUGCUGUCCUCAUACUAGCAUGCACAUUUAAAACAUAAGGUAAAUGCUAAUAAAAUUCAUCAUCACACCCCACUAUGCCAUGUUGUCCUGCUCUCUGCAGGUAUAUUAAAAAAUGUGGGUUUCUGAGGGGGUGAAACCGAUAGAUGUGAGAUGGAAUGCAAUGAGAGAGAUUAUCUGUUUUGUUGUGCUAAAGGAUACAAUGUUCUAGACAGCACGAGCUUGUGGCAAAACACUGAUUCUCAGUUGGUGACCCCAGUUGAUCAUUGUGAACUUGUUGGAACCCAGAAACACCUGCUGUUGGCUCUUUAAACUACAGCUGUCUACUGAGGGUACUUACAAGUCAUCUAUCUCUGUAAAUGAUUUAACAGUGAAAUCACAGUGUGAUUUCUGUGCCACUAGCAUCAUCAAACACAAUUGCAUCAGUUAUUAAAACAGGUUUUCUGAACACUCCUGCCACCUGCCAUUGGUCAAACAAGACAGUCCCUUCUAAACACAUUCCAUUGGUUGAGCUCUGUAGAAUGUGAAAACAAGUGGAGAAUUUUUUUUUGACUUUUUUAAUUCUAACUUUUUUCAGAGAAGUAAACAUCAACAUGAUAUAGGAGAAAAUAUUUUAUCAUAAAAAUAACAGAGUAUAACUCUCUGUCAUCCCCAAACCCUCAACCCCGUUCAUUUUGACCAGCUAUAAAAAAGUGAUUUUUUUUUGGUAUGCUUCAUUACAUUAUUAUGGGCUCGUAUUCCAGCCGUUUUUAGGUCUGACAGCAACGGUACAAUUAUUCCUUGUUUUUGUUGAUCCUUGAUGUGUUUGAUGUUCAGAGUGACAUUUAAUAAACAUCCACAAUUUCUAACAUGCUUUAAUCUGGUAACU